UCUUGUCUAAUUAAACUCAUAAUUGUAGCUUGUAUUGAAUGUAAACCAUGCCUCCGAAGAAGCCUGCACCAGCCAAAGCAAAACCUGCAGUAGGAAGAGGAGCUGGCCCAAAGAAAGCCACUCCUGUCGCAGCUGGCGGUAAGAAGCCAGCAGGCCCAGCUGCUAAAGGAAAAACACCGACACCUAAAGCUGUUGUGAAACCCAAAGAAAAGGUUUGGACAAAAGAAGAUGACGCUGCCCGGGUCAUCCAGACAAAAUUCAGACAGUUUUGUGCCAAGAGAAACCUGGAGAAGAAGAAAAAAGAAAAACAGGAUUAUGAUGAGCUCAUGGAGAAACUUGAACGAGAGGCCUAUGUACAAAUUGUGCGAAUGCAGCAAGAAGAAGCAGAACGUGAGUGGAAAAAAGAGGAAGAAGAACGGAAGAGAAAAGCUGAAGAGAGAAAGAGAAAGAAACGAUUGCUCGAAGCUGCAUUUGAUGGUGACAAUGAUGAGAUACUCUCAAUUCUGAAAGAGGUGUCAGACUUGGAUAACAAAAAUGGUGUAGGAAACGACAUCAUUGGUCAAGCCUUGAGAAACCGUCACCUCAUGGCCAUGAUAGACUGUGAAGAUGCCAAUGAAAACACUCCGCUUUCUGAAGCAGCAAGUGGGGGACACCCUGACACUAUUUUACUGCUACUGGAGAAAGGUGCCAAUCCAAACAGCCGAGGACAGUUUCAGAGAACUCCAUUAUACCGGGCAGCUUUUGCUGGACAUCUAGAAGCAUGCCAGCAUUUCUGUUCAUGUAAUUAUUUCAUGUUUCUGUGUAAUUACUAUUUCAGGUAUUUGUCACUGGUAAAGGAAUCUGAUGGUGAUGAGUAUGCAAAGACAAAAUUCAAUGAUUUCAGAGUUCAAAACUUCAAACUUUUCCUUGUCACCAAAGACCCUUUCCCCAAAGAGACACUUCUAGAACAAACCUAUCCAAUCAGAGUGCACAUACCAACGUGAGGCGUGAAAGGAUCACAGAGGAACCACAACGUGACAGAACCAUAACAUAGUGUCUGAAAUCCAGGAGGAAGAUAAACAUGAGGGAUUCAUUUAGUAAUGGCCUGUGUCUGGAUAUGAACAUGACAAGUGAACCAUUGAAACAUCUGUACUAGGGAUGUAACCAAAUUGUGUGUAGGGUUGAGCAUUUCAUACAUCUGUACCAGGAAUGUAAGCAAAUUGUGUGUAGGGUUGACAUUUCAAAUAUCUCUACCAGGAAUGUAAACAAAUUGUGUGUAGGGUUGAGCAUUUCAAACAUCUAUACCAAACAUCUAUACCAGGCAGGUAAGCGAAUUGUGUGUAGGGUUGAGCUUGAAGCUUAAUUAGAUACAAGUUGGAGAAGCUGCAGUGCCACGGUCUCCAUACAUCACUUGCUGAAUCUGGACUGACUACAAUCACCACACACUGUUAAAACGGUUAAUACUAAAACCUCUUCAAAACUUGACCCUCUGUAAACCACAAUUCCCUCAAAACCAGUUGUUUUUCAAUCCCUUGUUAAACAUCGGUACAGAACAUAAUCUCUAACUAGAAUGAAUGAAUGAUCGAUUAAUGACACCUCAGCACAAAAAUGCACAUUGGCUAUUGGGGGUCAAAAAACGUAAGUACAUGAAUAUAAAACUAAACUUGAUACCCCUAAAAAUCAGACUUUCUACUUGCUCCCAUGGGUGUCCAGUUUAGUGAGGUUUCACUGUUCUUGACAAUGUAUGUAUGGUCAUACAAUGAAAAGUGUUAAAAACUGACAGUGUACCAUCAUGACAGUCUUUGAUCCAAGCUUUGUAGACAGACAUUUUGUGUUCUAAGUUUCAAAGAAAGUAAUAUUCAAGAAGAAGCCUAGCACUGUAUUAAUUGAUGACUGUUUUGAGUUUAUAACAUGGAAAUGAAGCCACCUAUUCUAGAGUGAGAGGAGAAACCCACUACUGACAGAGACUUGCAGAUCAGCUGGUCGUCUUAACGCACGUUUUCAGACAUAGUUGUGUAGUUUACAUCUAGUUCCAGUUUGAAUACAUAACAUUGAACAUCAGGUUCUGUCAAAUAGCUAGUUUCAGGGGCUGAUCCAGGAAAUAUUUGGUGGGGGGACUAAUGGAGAAAAGGGCAUCCCAGUGGGGGGGGGGGGGAGACAAAAAAGGACAUUUGAAUAUUAAGAGGGCAGGACCACUUUUGGAUCCACCUCAGAAUUUUACUUAAUAUAUAGUUGAGUAUUGUAAUUUCGAGACCCUAAAGUUUGACUUGAUCAGAAGGACCAUAAUUUGAAACUGACAAUACAAAUGUCACUUAGCUGUAGAUAAAUAUGAUAAUAGUAAUAUCAAAUGAAAAUAAAGUCUACUGGAACACUGCUGAUAUUAUAAACACUGUUCCAAACACAUGCCUCCUAAGACAAAUGGAGUCCGGUUAGAGUAUUGUAUAGUAGAGAGUAAACACAGUGUUACAUUCUAUGAUGUCGCAUUCAGUUGAGGUCACUUAAAAAAAUGUUUUGUUUCUGGAGCAUUUUAUUACAUUUCUUUUGUAUUUUUAAAAAAACUCCUUUUUUAACCAACUGAUUAAAAGGACAGUAAAAUUCACAAAACAAUGAAUAAUGAAACAUCAUAAAAUUUUAAAUGCUGACAAUUGUGGAAUAGCUGAAAAUCAGUAUGGAACAUGUAAUUUACUGUUCAUUGUUUUGAUUACUGGACCUACAGUGAGGGCAAACGAAUUGAUCACCUCUCCUGAUCACUCUUUCUUUAGUUAAAAGUCAUGAAAAGCAGAAUUUCUGGCAUUAUAACCCACUCUUAGGCAAUCUGUCAGUGCUUUAUUUGAUGUUUAUUUGAUAAGACCCCCAACUCUGUUAGUAUCCAUUUAAUUACUUCAUCGUGGCCUUACAGAGUCCCUAUUUGUAUCGCAUUAUUUCUGUAAAACUUGUUCGUAACCUC